AUGCCGACUGCUAAUCCUAAACGAUGGAUCUAAUCAAACAAAGACAAAUUAGGCAGUUCUACAAACAAAGCUACUUCUCAUCAUUAUUUACAUGCAAAACCCUACGUGUUACCAUCCUACAUUACACGUACUUGCCAUGCAAUGGCCUAACUCUCUUAUAAAUACCCAUUCCCACACCAUUAUUUCUCACCAUAAAACCAAACAACCAAAGCUUUCUCAUCAUCAACCAUGGCAAAGCUCGUUCUCCUCCUAGCAACCUUUGCUCUUGUUCUCUUCCUCUCUAAUGCCUCCAUCUACCGCACCACCAUCACGGUCGACAGCGAAGAAACCAGGGGACGUCAAGAGCGUAGCUGUCAACAGCAGAUAAGGAAGCAAAACUAUCUCACGCACUGCAGGGAAUACAUGGAGGAACAAUGCAGCAGCCACAGCCGUCCUGCCGUUUCAAUUGAGCCCUGCUGCGAGCAGUUGAAGAAGCUGGAUACGCAAUGCCAAUGCACUGGUCUAAAACAGGCAGUGGAACGGCUGCUGGAAGAGGGAGAGCUUGGGAGAGAAGAACAGCAAGAAAUGUAUGAGGUGGCUGAGAGAGUGAUGCGCAAAUGUGAAAUGGAGCCUAGGAUGUGUGACAUGCAAUCUCGCAACUGGUUCUAGAGACAAAUCUCCAUGGCCUUUAAAUGCAGAACAAUAGCUGUAAUAAUGCAUGUUUCACCAUUACUCUGGCGUUUAAGCUGGAGUUUUUGAGGUGACAACCCGAAUGUAGUGAUAACUAUAAUAAAGCACAUUAUCGUGUGCACUGUGUUUGGUUCACCAUUUUCCACGGUUUUUAUAAUGUUUUUAGCAAUUUUUUUUUUUUUGUCAUGCAGUCAGGCCUGUUAUGAUACUGUAAGAUACUGUCAUGUUCCAGCUAGAGAAGCUGGAUGCGCAGUGCCGAUGCCCUGAUCUAAAACAUGCUGUGAAACAACAAAUAGAA